AUGUCUGUGCCUGGAGAAAACGGGCAUCAUCGUGCCUCGUCUACAUCAAGGAAUGGCCACGCACCGUUGUAUCGGCUCGACUCGAACCAGAGUUCCACGAGCAUCUUUGAGGAGGUGGAAAUGGCCCAUGACGAGCUCUUCUCUGGUCCUAUAGCCGAAAGUCUUCCCACCAGCGUUUCAGCCUUCUCCCAUCGACGGCCUCGUGCUGACUCUACGACGAGUUUUACAUACUACCACGAUGAGCCCGAAGCCUCCCCUACCUCAUUCGAUGAUGAACGCCAAAGCUUGUCCGAUGUGGGGGAUUUUACCUUUGGUGAUGAGGACGAAAGCUAUGCUGAUAUCGAAAAUGGCGACACUAAUGACGAUUACAUGACCCACCACAGGCGGUCGUCGACGCACUCGAGAUCUUCCGUCCACGCCCGUUUACUGCGCCAAGAUAGUGGCAUGACCAACAAGAGCCUUGGUGGGGAUCGUCUGAGCCAGAAGAUCUAUAUGAUGAAUGAAGACCUUACCAUUGCCAUUGCUGGUUUUCGGACGAGUCGUUCUGGCUUCGUUGCGUACGCCGCAUUAUGCCUAUGUACUGCUGGCAUUGCCUGGCUGCUACUUAGAUGGUUUCCUAGAUGGCAAGUGAAACUUCUAGGUCUACCAUCCCCAUUAGCCGAGUGUGACUGGGUCGUUAUCGAGAAUCAAUGGGGAGAAUUCGUCGUGAUGGACGUGGAUAAGAAACUCUACGGCAGACCCAUGUCUACUAUCUUUGGCUCCAGUGGAAAGAGCUACGUUGCGGAUGACGAUUAUGAUCCCAUCAUCACCGAAUUGCGCAUGCUCAACUAUCGUUACGUUCGCUUAUAUUUCAACCAGCAAAAAGACAAGUUUGUCAUGUUCAACGGCUGGGUUGAUCCAAAUUGGGCCGAUCCUCGCGCCGUACGUGUCGGCAUAGACAGUGACGAGAAGGGACUGCGAGCAGUUGUUUUUGGAAACAAUCUCAUCGACAUUGAGCAAAAAACAAUCCCGCAGUUGCUCGUAGAUGAGGUUUUCCAUCCUUUUUAUGUCUUCCAAAUUGCUAGCCUCAUUCUAUGGUCUCUUGACGAAUAUUAUUAUUACGCCGUGGCUAUCUUCCUGAUGUCAUUCGGAAGUAUCGCAACCACUCUCAUAGAAACCAAGGCAACAAUGAAACGACUCCGCGAGAUUUCUCGCUUCGAGUGCGAUGUGCGUGUCCUUCGAAACGGGUUCUGGCGAUUUGUGUCUUCGAGCGAGCUCGUACCUGGCGACGUGUACGAGGUCAGCGACCCGAAUCUGACUCAGUUUCCAAGUGAUGGCUUGCUUCUGAGCGGCGACUGCAUUGUUAACGAGAGCAUGCUUACUGGUGAAUCGGUGCCUGUAUCAAAAACACCAGCCAGUAAUGAGACGAUGCAUAAUCUCGAUUUGGCUGCGCCAACUGUCUCGCCCGAAAUUGGCAAGCACUUCCUCUUCUGUGGUACCAAGAUCAUCCGCGCCCGGCGGCCGCAGGAAGAACGCGACGGAGACGCUGUCGCCCUCGCACUCGUGGUCAGAACGGGAUUCAGCACUACGAAGGGAUCUCUUGUACGGUCCAUGCUCUUCCCCAAACCAUCUGGCUUCAAAUUUUACAGAGACUCUUUCCGGUAUAUCAGUGUCAUGGCUAUCGUGGCGAUGAUUGGUUUCAUCGCUUCUCUAUUCAAUUUCCUGCGGCUGCACCUUGCCUGGCAUCUCAUCGUCGUCCGUGCCCUCGAUCUCAUCACCAUCGUGGUGCCGCCAGCGCUACCUGCGACACUCACCAUUGGGACGAAUUUUGCGCUUAGUAGACUGAAAAAAAAACAAAUCUUUUGUAUCAGUCCACAGCGUGUCAACGUAGGUGGAAAAAUCGACAUCAUGUGCUUUGACAAGACUGGCACUUUGACCGAGGACGGUUUGGACAUACUCGGCGUUCGAGUUGUAUCACCGGCGACAGGCAGAUUCACGGAUGUGCUUACGGAUCCGUUAUCAUUCAUACAGGACCAUGCCGGCGGUUCAGCCCAAACGUCAAAAUUGAAAGCGGCCUUGUUCACCAUGGCAACUUGCCAUUCGUUGAGGUCUGUCGACGACGAGCUGAUGGGGGACCCACUUGACCUAAAAAUGUUUGAGUUCACAAGAUGGUCUUUUGAAGAAGGCAAACAGAGCCCCAAUGAGGUGGACGACCAAGAUCAGGGGAGCCUCUCGCCGUCAGUCGCCAGACCUCCAGCUGAGCACAAUGAUCUCUUGCGUGGCGCCACCCAUCAGGGAGACCAAUCGCUUCGCAGAGCAAGUGUCAUAGUCCGACAAUUCGGACGGCAAAGUGGAGACAUAUAUGUAAAGGGGGCUCCUGAAUGCAUGCGAGAGAUAUGUCGCGAAGACAGCUUCCCAGUCGACUACGAUGAUCAGCUUGCCUACUAUACGCACAAGGGUUAUCGCGUCAUUGGCUGUGCAGCUCGCCAUAUUCCCAAACUCAGCUGGGUCAAAGCACAGAAGAUGAAGCGACACGAGGCUGAGUCUCAGUUGGAAUUCACUGGCUUCAUCAUUUUCGAGAACAAGCUCAAGGUCACCACAGCUCCUGUGCUAAAGGAGCUGUUGGAGUCGAACAUCAGCACGACUAUGGUGACAGGUGACAAUAUCUUGACUGCCAUCAGCGUGGCUCGCGAAUGCAACUUGAUCAUUCAUCUCUAUUUUGACGAAAUUGUCACAACAGCUAAUUUCAUCGCACAGCCACUGCCACCUCCGGCUGACGUCGACGCAUCAUUGGCAUAUAAUAUCAACGACAUCCGUAAUUACUCACUGGCAGUUAGUGGUGAGGUGUUUCGCUGGAUUGUGGACUUCGCGCCCCCCUUGGUCCUGCAGAGAAUGCUUGUCCGUGGUCGAGUGUUCGCUCGUAUGUCUCCAGAUGAGAAACACGAGCUGGUCGAGAAACUGCAAGCGAUCGGGUACUGCUGUGGAUUCUGUGGUGACGGUGCGAACGAUUGCGGCGCUCUGAAGGCUGCAGAUGUUGGCAUCUCCCUCUCGGAGGCGGAAGCUUCCGUCGCAGCUCCGUUCACGUCACGCGUCUUCGACAUUGGUUGCGUUCCCCAGGUUAUCCGGUAA